AUGGGUGAUUAUUUUUAUGAUUAUAACAAUAAGCCUGAAGAGAAUAAAGAAUUUAGAGCAAAUGCGGGGAUGUAUGAUUAUUCUAAUAAGGGAAAUUAUGAAACUGCAUCUAAUUUAAAUACUAAAAAAGAAGAAAAAAAUUCAAGUGAAAAUAUCUAUUCGUUAAAAGAUGAUAAAUAUGAAAAUGUGAGAGAAAGUAAUUAUAAAUCUACUAACAGAGGUUUUGAAAAAAAGAAAAAAUCCAAAAAUUUUUUGUGCGUGUUAUGUAAGAAAUAUGUAAAGUUUUCUUUGAAUCACCGAAUUUUUAUUUUUUUAAGUAUAAUAAUAGGUUAUUUAUGUUUAAUUUUAGUUGGUUUUUCUUUUUAUCAUAGCAUGUUUGAAGAAAAUGAUCUUGAAUUAUUUAAUAACAUGGUGAAAAAAAUUAAAAUAUUAGACCAUUUUAAAUUAAAUGUAAAAAAAACUGGAGAUGUAUUAAAUCAAUCGAAUGAUGAAAUGGGUAAAAACAUAAAGAACUUUUUUAAGUUUUAUAAGAAAGAAAAAGCAGCCACAUUAUUAUUUUAUAUGGAUAAUGAAGAAUUUAAUAAUAAGAUAUUAGAUUAUAAUAUUUUGAAAGAUAUAUAUUUUUUACUAGAAUAUUUUAAACAAAUAAAAUUAAAAAAUAAUAAAAAAUGGGGAGAUAUAUGUAAGAGUUUCGAUAUUCCAUUUAAUGAUACAAAAUGUUUUGUAUUAGGUCUUUUUAGCAUUUCAGAACUUCAGAAUUUUGACUAUAAAUUUUUAAAUAAUUUCAACGAUUACUUUAACACUUUAUUUAGGGAAGAUGAAGAUUCCAUAAAAAAAUUUUUUUCUAAUGAAGUUAAUUUUUUACCUCACUUUCUAUACUAUCCUCAUAUAUUUAAUGAUGGUACAAACAAAUUAAGAGAUAUAAUAUCUUCUAUAUAUGAAAAUCUGCAAGCUCUUUUGUUUGUUUUUAAUUUCGAUGAUAAUGCUGAUGAGUUAUUAUUGGACGAGUGGUAUAAGGAAUUAAAUUUAUAUGUUAACUUAAUAAAUGAGAAAAAGAUAAAAAGUAUUACAAUAACUAAUCCUGAUGGUACUGAAUUUACCCAUCUAUUAAACUACAGUAAAGGGUGGAAGUUGGCUGUUAUUAAUGAUAAAAUUUUAGAAGAAAACGAAAUUUCCUCCUUUAUUAUUGGGAUAAAAUCAAAUUAUUUAUUUAUAAUUUUUUCAUUGUUAUUUAUCAUAUUUUAUAUAAGAAAUGUUUCAAAUAAGCUAAAAUAUAAAGAAAAGUUUUUUCUUAUUAUGUCCAUUAUCCAUUUAUCUUUAUUUUCUUUUUUUUCAAGUUUUCUUUUUAAUUUAAUAUUCAAAAUUAGCGUUUUAAGAAUUUUUUUGCUAAAUUAUUUUGUCUUAUUUUUCUUGAGUUUUUUGUUUUGUUGUGUUAAUUUUUUUUUUUAUAACAAAUGUUUAAUAGCAUGCUCAAGAAAAAUUCUAUAUAAAUUAAAAAAUCAGGAAUAUGAUAGUAAUGAAAAAGUAGAUAUGAGUAAAUAUUACAUAAGUGCUACAUUGGAAUCAUUAUAUUUUGUUGGAAAAAUUAUAUUAGUGCUUAUAGUUAUAUAUAUGAUAGGAUUAACAUGUACCUAUAAAAUUAUUCAGAAGUUUUCUUUAAAUUCAUUAUUUAGCAUAAUUACUUUAUUCUUUUUCUAUACUUUUUUUUUUAAUAAUUUAUUUGCUCACUUAUGUUACAAAAAUAACAAAACAUUUUCUCAAUUAAAUUUUGAACUUCAUGAAUAUAUAGUUGAAUUAUCCAAGAAGAUAAGCAAUAAUGAAGAUACUGAUAUAAUAAAAGAUAAAUUGGAUGAAAGUGAGAUUCAGAACAUAAGUUCUUAUAAUAUAUUAAAUAUAUUAAAAAACUUUAAUAAUUUAUAUAAAACUGAUAAAAAAAUAUGUGACUAUAAUGAUAAAAAUAUGGAAAAGAACGACGAGGAAGAAAAUUGUGCAGAAAAUAAAAUAGAACUUCAGCAAAAUGCUAAAUACACAAAUGAGGCAAAUGGAGUGAUUAAGAAGGAAUCACCUCAUAACUAUUACAAGAAAGCAUUUUUGUUAUCUAUUAUAUUAUUAUUUUUAUUUUUUAUAGCAGUUCUCUUAUAUUUAUUUAUUAAUAACAAAACGAAAAUAGUUAUAUAUAGAUAUAUAAGUAAGGGUUCAAUGGCAAGAACAUUUAUGGAAAAUUUUGAAAAAAAAGCAGGGUAUAUUAUAGAACCCGGUUAUUUAGUUUUACCUCCAUCUUCUGAUUUUGAUUAUGAGAAUGAAGAAAAUAUAGAAAAUAUUAUAAAUUUAAUCGAAAAUUUGAAAAAUAAAGGAUUUAUUAAUGACCCAAUUAUCUCAUGGGUUAGUGCAUAUAAGCUUACUAAAAAUGACUGCUUAAAUAUAAGUCCUUUUAAUGAUCAUUAUAUACUACAUGAUUAUAAGGACUCUUGCAAUGAUUUUGUAACACAGAAUAAUAAUGAAGAAAAUUAUUUAAAACAAUUAAAAGAAGUUUUUUGCUAUGAAGAAUUACCAUGUGAUAAUUUCUAUCAGAUCAUUUAUCAAUGGAUGCAUUAUAAAGAAGAUGAUUCCUAUGAAAAUUAUCUUUUUCAAAUUAAAACACAUUAUCAGAACAAAAUCAGCGAGUUAUUACCACAAUUUCACACAGUAACCCCUCAUUUAUUUUAUGAUAAUUAUAUUAAGAUGGAUAAGGAUUAUAGUAUAAAUAGUAGUAGAAUAGGAUUUAUGUUUCAUAAUUAUGCAAGCAACUACGAGAAAAAUUUAGAAAAUAUAAUACAAAUAAAAAAAAUUAUUAAAAAUAGUAAUAUUAAGAAUGUAUAUUUUUAUUCAGAAUCAUAUGUAUUGUACAAUCAAGCAAUGAAAUUUCUCCAAGAAUAUAAAGUGGAAUUAAUUUCCUACGUUUGUAUAUUUUUUAUUUUAUUAUAUUUAUUUAAUUUAAUAGGAGUUUUAAUUAUUUUUCAAUUUUGGUUAUGUAAUAACUUGAGUGUAAUAUAUUUCACUUAUUUUUUCCCUAUAAACACUGACAUAAUAACGUUUAUUUUUCUAAAAAUAACUACAGUAAUAUCAUUAUCUCACUACUUAUAUUCGACUCUAUUUUUUAAUGAAGUGAAAAAUAAACAAAAUAAUAUAAUCAAUAGCAUAAAAGAAUCAUCCCCAUACUUGUUAUUUUUGGCAUUAUAUUUGAUUAGUUUUAGUAUUACUGAUUACACUUCAAAUGUAUUGCGUUUGUUAAUAUUAAGCCAUAUUUUCUGGUUCAUUCUAUAUUAUUUUACAAUUUUUUCUUUGUACAAAAUUUACAUAAAAAAUGAAUUAUAA